GCCCUUGCUUGUUUCUCCUCCAUCCUAUCUGCUAUUAUUGGUUUGUCCCAAUGACAGUAUUUGUAUUUGUCCUUUGAACUACUGCACCACCUAGCGGAGAAGCUUUUCUAGUACCUGUCAGUGGCGCGUGUGUGGUAGAUUGACAUCUAUGUAAACCAUUCAGAAUGUCGAAUAGCUAGGAAGACAUUUAGGAGCGUGAACAUAUUUCCUGUACUUGAUAUUUUGUUGUUGAGAAACGUCAGCGCGUUCAGAAGUCGGGUACAUUGUCAAGGAGCGCGGACACCUGUAAAGUCACUGAGAUAGAGAUGCAGAAGUAUCUGGUGCUCUGUAUGGCCCUGCUGGGCCAGGUCUCUGCUGAUGACUGCCCAGGAGGAGAGGCAUGUGAGGAGGGCAACACCUGCUGCAAGGUCCCCUCUGAUGGCUAUGAAUGUUGCCCAAUGUAUCAGGCUGAGUGCUGUGAGGAUCAUAUCCACUGCUGCCCUGAGGGAACACUCUGCGUUGUGACUGAGUCCAUGUGUGUGAAUGGAACUGUCUCCCUACCAUGGGUGGAGAGAGUCUCUGCUAAACAGUCCAUAUAUCCUAAAUCUUUCAGAAUGAUCAGUGCAUAUGCCGGGGAUGAGGAUGAUAACAUCUGUCCUGACAAGUCCCACUGCCCCGAAGAGUUCUCCUGUCUGAAGGCCACUACAGGCUAUGGUUGCUGUCCUGUUGCUCAUGCUGUGCCUUGCUCUGAUGGGAAACAUUGCUGUCCUGAAGGCCACCAGUGCAGCACAGACUGCAGCUCCUGCAUCAAACAGACAGAGCCUGUUGUUGCAGUGAUGUGCAGUGACAGAGAGUCUGAGUGUCCAGAGGGAACCACAUGCUGUGAGACUCCAGAUGGGAGUUGGGGGUGCUGCCCCAUGCCCAAGGCUGUGUGCUGUGAGGAUAAGAUUCACUGUUGUCCUGAGGGCAGCACCUGUGACAUCAAGCAAUCCAAGUGUAUAUCCACUACCAACAAGGAAAUGCCCAUGUGGGCUAAGUUCCCUGCCCGCAAGAGGGCAGAGUGGGAAAACCAGAAUGAAGUUGCCCAAGUGACAACACCUAUUCCAGACACUACCACCUCAGCCAAUAGAAGUCCUGCUUCUCUUUGGGAGGGUACUUCUCCACCCUUCAUUAGGACAGGAGACGUUCCCUGUGAUGAGUCAACGGCCUGUUUGGAUGGAACCACAUGUUGUAAAACACAGGAAGGAGGAUGGGCAUGCUGUCCUCUGACACAGGCAGUUUGCUGCAGUGACUUUGUCCACUGCUGCCCACAUGGUAAGAAGUGCAACCUGGCUGCCCAGACGUGUGACGACCCCUCAGGCUUCCCCUCUGAGCCCUGGCUGAAGAAGGUUCCUGCCAUGCCUCGGGAGGGUAAAUUGCUAGGAGAUGUUACCUGUGACCCCACCUACAUGUGUCCCGACAACACCACCUGCUGCAAGACAGCGUCAGGAGACUGGGCCUGCUGCCCUUUGCCUGAGGCUGUUUGCUGUGAGGACCACGAGCACUGCUGCCCCCAUGGCACCACUUGUGACCUGGCUGGCCUCACCUGUGAUGGUCCCUCAGGGUCAGAGCCUAUGGUGGGGAAGGUGCAAGCUCUCACAACCCUGGCACCUGAUCAUGAAGAGGCAGCCACAGACCAGCAAGGGGUGCAGGUGGAUGACAUGGAGCUGCCUACAAAGGAUGACAAAGACGUUCCCUGUGAUGAGUCAACGGCCUGUUUGGAUGGAACCACAUGUUGUAAAACACAGGAAGGAGGAUGGGCAUGCUGUCCUCUGACACAGGCAGUUUGCUGCAGUGACUUUGUCCACUGCUGCCCACAUGGUAAGAAGUGCAACCUGGCUGCCCAGACGUGUGACGACCCCUCAGGCUUCCCCUCUGAGCCCUGGCUGAAGAAGGUUCCUGCCAUGCCUCGGGAGGGUAAAUUGCUAGGAGAUGUUACCUGUGACCCCACCUACAUGUGUCCCGACAACACCACCUGCUGCAAGACAGCGUCAGGAGACUGGGCCUGCUGCCCUUUGCCUGAGGCUGUUUGCUGUGAGGACCACGAGCACUGUUGCCCCCAUGGCAGCACCUGUGACCUGGCUACCCUCACCUGUGAUGGUCCCUCAGGGCCAGAGCCGAUGGUGGGGAAGGUACCCGCCCUCACAACCAAGGCACCUGAUCAUGAGGAGGCACCUGCAGACCACCAGGGGGUGCAGAUGGACGACAUGGAGCUGCCUACAGAGGAUGAUGAAAGUGACGAAGACGAGGAGUUGCACAGGACACAGUGUGACGCCCACACCAGCUGCCCAAAGGACGCCACCUGCUGCUUUAUGAAAUCCACCCAGAAAUGGGGCUGCUGCCCACUGCCACAGGCAGUGUGCUGUGCUGAUGGAGAGCACUGCUGUCCCAAAGACUACAGAUGUGAUAUUAGCAAGACUUCGUGCACUAAGGGUGGGGUGGUGAUCCCAUGGUACAACAAGCUGGCAGCUGAGCCAGAUGACAGUGCCCUCACUGCCCCCCUCUCUGUGAAGUGUGACACCCAGAACAGAUGCCCUGAAGGCUCCAGCUGCUGCCAACUUUCCACAGAACAGUGGGGCUGCUGCCCCCUGCACAAGGCUGUGUGCUGUGCAGAUGAGGAGCACUGCUGUCCACAGGGCUACAGCUGUAACAUGGGCUCAGGGACUUGCCAGAAGCGAAUGUUUCUUCAGUUCCAGACGGUACCCCUAACUCGGGUGUCUGCGCCUGAGCCCCCGACCCCACAGGAGAAGGAAAUCCACUGUGGGGGGCCGUUUGUCUGCAAUAAUGAGGAGACAUGCUGCAAGGUCUCCGCCACUACAUGGGCCUGCUGUCCCGUUCCAAAUGCGGUGUGCUGCAGUGACAUGAAGCACUGCUGCACUACAGGCUACACCUGUGGUGAGGGAGGGUCCUGCACCCAGUCCACUGGCUUCAAAUGGGACCACUGGCAGGUGUUCUUCUCCAACAAGAAGAGAGCCCUGCAUGUGUGACAACAUUGGGCUAGGUUGCUGUGAUAGGCCCACACUACACCACCAGACGCAUUGCACUAAUGAAGGGACGCAGGAACUUCAUAUCACUGUCACAGUAUAUCAAAUUGUGUUUGUUACAGAGGAAAUGUAUGUAUAUAUAUAUAUAUAUAUAUAUAUAUAUGGAAGUGAAAAUAAGUAACAUUUUGCACCAUUGGUAGGUACUUGGAAUGUUACUACAUUUACUUCAAGAGAUACCCAUGCUUGCUCAUGAACAGAAACUAUGAAGGAUUUGAAAUCACUCAAAAUGAGAUACCAAUGUUGAACAAUCUUUUAGGGUUGUGGCUCAGGGAAGGAUUGGAAUGUGAUAUAAAACUAGUUGUAAGCUACUAUCAAGAUUAACACAGAGGAACAUAUAAAUGACAAACUUAGUACUGUUUUACAAUGUUUGAUGUUACCUUUAAAACAGGAAGAGUGUCGUGUUAAACAGGAAGAGUGUCGUGUUUUUUUAGUUGAUCAUGUGAAGUGCAUUGUGCCUCAUAGUUUCAGGUAUACCUUUGAAAUGCCUUUUACAUUAGUCUGCCAUAUGUAGGCCGUCAUUGUAAAUAAGAAUUUGUUCUUAACUGACUUGCCUAGUUAAAUAAAGGUUAAGUAAAAUAAAUAUGCCACCCUGUGGCUGAACUGAUACUGUCUACUUGGGGAAACUUUAAAUAUAUAUAUAUAUAUAUAUAUAUAUAUAUAUAUUCACCUUUAUUUAACUAGGACAACCAGUUAAAAACAAAUUCUUAUUUACAAUAACGGCCUGGAAACAGUGGGCAGUUGGACAGAUUUUCACCUUGUCGACUCGGUGAUUCGAUCUUGCAACCUUUCGGUUAAUCGUCCAACGCUUUAACCACUAAACUACCUGCCACCUCAUAUGCCCCCCGUCUUGUUGCUGCCACGUUUUAAGUACGAGCUGCAUUAUCCCACUUCCUUGUGUUUUAGAAAUUAUGCCAUUUUAAAUAGUCCGUAAUGAUUCUGGCUGUUGCUACCAAAGGGAAUUAAUUUACUGUAAAAUGUGACAAAAAAAAUGUGUCAUUGCCAAAUCAGUUGUACACUAUGCAUGUGUUGGUUUGUGUUCACUCAAAUCUGUGCCCAGGAUGUAACUAUAGUAGGCCUUGCAAGUAAAAAGGUAAAAACUCAAGAGGUGAUAAAGGGGAGUACUGAGUGGACUACAGUUGGAGAAAAACCACAUUCAACGUCUGAUACUAAUUACCAAUCACUGGGAAGUUUUCUGUGGGUUUUAUGGUGGACUACACCCAAAAAGGUGUAUUGGCGCCACCAGCUGGACGGUUGGAAACCAAUAAAAUAAAAUGAAUAAAUCCAUA